AUGAUUAUGUUGAUGAUAUUUUUUGUGAUAUAUGCCAAAGACAUAAGUAUAUAUAUCCUAUUAUUGUGUGAGAUAGAGAUAUUAACUUAAAUGAAGUUGUAUAAGAUAGCAUACUAUAGUUUGAUUAUAAAGUAUAUAGAUUAAAAGUUAGUGAUCGUGAUUAAUUUCACCAUAAAGCUCUAGUCUUAAAUUUAUUUUCAUAAAACAAAAGUUUAAAAGUUUAUGUCGAUUGUGAUACGUAAACACUCUAUUGAACAAAAUUAGGUAGCCAAAAUUUUUAGAUUUUUAUUAAUGGUAAUCCACCACUUUGUAACCAAUAACUAAAAAUUUCAUACCAACAAAGGAUUAAUGGAAAUUGCUCUGAUAAUCAAUUUUUUAUAACAGUUCUAUCAGACUCAAUUUCAAGCUAUGAAUUAAUACUUUUUAUUUUUGAUGGAAUUCAUUCUCUAGAAUAUAAUGUUCCUUUCAAGUAUGUAAUCUUUGUUAAAAUUAAGCGGAAUAUUGAUUCCUUAAGAAAUACAUUAAUUCAAAGUUGAACCAAGUUACUUAAAUGAAGAAAUCACUAUAGAAAUUACUCUAGAAAAAGCAUAAAGUUUUAUUAAGAAAUGUUCUUAAAAGGAUUGUUUAAUUACAAAACUUGAUUAAGAAGGUACUUAAAAUAGAAUUCUUUUGGAAAAGGAUUCAUUUAGAUUAACUAAUUCAAAUUGUGAAAACUGUUACUAUCUUAUUGGUUUAUUAAGUGAUUAUAAAUAAUACUAUAGGAUAAUAUUGAUAAAUAUUCACUCUCAUAUCAUCUUAAAAGAAGGACAUUAUGAUUAAUAUUAAGUUGAUCAAGGAUAUUCAAUUUAUUAUAGUUACUAGAUAUCAAAUCUUACUGAUAUUAAAAAAUCAAAAUUUUUUUUAACUCAAAUAACUGGUCGAUGCAUGCUUUAUGGAAGUUCUUAAAAUAUGUAUCCUAGUUAGACUAAUUAUGAAUAGUAAGAAGAAUAUUAAAUAAUAAUUAAUAACACUAAAGAAUAUUUCUUAACUGUAUUUGGAAUUUCUUAAUGUAAAUAUAGGAUUAAUACCUAAGUAGAAAGAGAAUAAACUAUUGAUUUAACUCUAUUUAAUUAAUUACGUAAUGGAAUUUCUGUAUUACACAAAUAAAUUGAAUAAUACAGUUUUUUUAUAAUUCAAUUAGAAAUAUAGGCUAACUUUUCUAUUAAAUUGUAGAGUCAUGUAGGAGAUUUUAUGAUGUAUGUCAAAUCAAAUAUUUCUGAUAAUGAGAUACCUGACAGUAAUUCUUUUUAAUGGAAAGAUACUAAAUAAAUAGACAUCAAAAUUGACAACAUAAAUUAAGCAAAAUACUAUUAUAUUUCAGUUUAAUUAUUAAAUUCUGAAGGAGAAUUUCUAAUUGAAUAUAAUUUAGAUGUUGAAAUUAAAUUCUAUGAAGUAAAUAAUUAGAUAAUUGAUUCAGUAAAUGAAAAUGAAAUUAAGUAUUAUAAAAUACCAAUGCUCUACAGAGACUUACUUUUCAUAAAAGAACUUUAUACAGAAAAUCUAAUUUCUGAUUUAAGAAUUUAUGUAUCUUUAUUUCAAAGUAAUACAUUUCCUAAUGAACUAUCUAAUGAUUAUGUAUUUUUAGAUAAAAGUCUAAUAAUACAGUAGGAAUAAUAAAUUUGUAAUAAAAAUUUCAAUUAAAAUCAAACUUAAUGCUUCAUAUAUUUAUCGGUCACUUCAACAAAUGGACUUGUAUUCUAUACAAUCAUUAUUUAAUAACUUAAUAAUAAGAUCAAAUUGUAUGAAGGAAUACCUUUAAAUUUUAGUUUCCAAGAGAAAGUACUAUUUUACUAUAUUUUAAAUGAAAAAGAAGUGACAAUUUAGUGGUAUUCUUAAGGUGGUAGUGAGGCUGAUUUAUUAGCAUAUUUAGGUUACUUAAAUGAUUCCAGUAUUUAAUAUUAAUAAUUUAAAUCUUCAAAAUCAUAAAUCAAUCAUCUUAUUUAAACAAUCAUAAUUCCAGAGAAUAAUUAAGGAUAUAUUUUGUACAUAAUGGUCUCACCAUCUCUUAAACAUUUCGAAAAUGACGUUUAUUCUAUUGGGGUUUAUGAAACUGUUAAGAUUCUAACAAAACAAGAUACGAUGAGAGAUUAUAUUUAAAAAGGAUAAAUAAAAUUCUAUAUGUUGGCAUUAAAUGAGGAUACAAUAUCCAUUAUUUUUAAUAUUCAGGUCAUAGGAAGUCAAGAUUUCAUAUUUGUCUUAUUAUAACAAAGUGAGAAAAGUAGACCUCAUAUUAUAAAUGAUUCAAUCUAAUAGUCUCUAAGGUUUGAUUCUUUUUAUAUCUUUCGAAAUUACUAUUCAAGAUUUUUUGAAAAAGAUUAUUAUGUUUUAGGAGUAUAAGGGGUUGAAGAUUGUGAAUUUCAAUUAAGUUAUUAAUUGUAAGAUACCUAUUUCUAGUUUUUUCCAAAUGGAUAUAUUCCUUAAGAAAUAUUCUAAGAGAGCAUACCUACUGUUUAUUUAUUUAUUGAAAAAGAAUCAUUUUAAAUCAUUUUAGCGGUAUUUACUGGUGCAGUUUAAAUUAGAGCUAAACGUUUUUAUAAUAAAAUAGAUUCACUUGAUUUUGCAGAUUCAUUUAUUUUAGAUGAUAUUACUAGAGAAUUUAAAUUGUAUGAAAUAGAUACUUGUUUAUAUGAGCGAUGCUAAUAUCUAAUUUAAAUUAUUAAAAUUGAAGAAGGAACUUAAGGAAAAGUUUAAAUUAAAAAAAAUUAGUAGAUAAUUGAACUUUUUGAAAAUACUGCCUAAUUUGAGAUUCUCUAAAAAGAUGAAAUCGUAGUAUAUAAUUAUAAUUCUAAAUACAAUUUUUUUAUUAUAUUAGAAAAUGUUUUUGGGUAAAUUUAAAUUGAUGUUUAAGAGUAAAAUAAGCCUUCUGAUUAUAAUUAAAAUUCUUAAAAUAUAUACAUUGUUGAUAAUAAUACAAUAAUUGAUUAUGUAAAAGCAACUUAGAAAAUUGAAAAAUUCAUAAUUAAAAUUUAAUGUUUAAGUUCAAAUGCUGUGUUUUAGAUAACAAUGAGGCGAAAGUAUAAGAAAAUAUCUAAACUUCUUUUAGGUUAAACAAUAGAUAUAUAAUUAAUUAGACAGGAAUAAAUUUUGUUUUAAUAUUAAUCUUUAAGAAAUUUAAUUAACAAUAGUAAUACAACAAAGUUUCUAACUUUACAAAUUAUAGGUAUUUAUGAAUCGAUUGAUAUUUUGGAUAUUUUGAUACAACAUUCAAUUACAAAUCCAAUAAUUCAUUCCUAAAAAUAAUUUUAGAGGGGUAUCUAUUUUAAGCUAUAUGAUUUAUUUGGCAUGUAUAAUUUGAUGAUAACUCCGAUAAAAAAUUCUUCUUACAUAAGAAUACUACUAACAGAUGAGGAUAACAAUAUAUUGAUGAAUGGAAUUCCAUAAUAUUAGUUAACAAGGGUAGGAUAGCCUAACUUUUAUUAAGUAUCAAUUUUAUAAAAUUCUACCUUACUACUAGAAGUGUUAACAUGUAAAGGUAGCAUUUUAAUUUAAGGAACAUCAAAUCCGUUUAAUUUAAAUAAAUAGAUUUUCGAAAUACAAAUUAUGAAUAAACCAUCAUAAUACUUCAAUUCUAUUCUAUAAUUAGAAAAAGGAACUUACUACUUUUUAGUUAAAUUGAUAUCAAGUUCAGUAGAAGAUGAAAAUUAACAUCGAAUAUCUUACUAUUAUAUUAGAUAAUAGAUUUUUGAAAAAAGUGCCCCAAUAUCGUUUAAUUCAUUUUAGUUUAGAAGCUUAAAUCUAAAUUGGGAAAUUGCAAAAAAUGAAUUAAUAUUAGAAAUUCCAAAUUUAAUUUAUGAUAAUCAAUUAAUAGAAUUAUCAUCAAUUUCAAUAUACUUUAUUAUUCAAAUAUGUGAAUAAGAUGAGAUAUUUUGCUUUUAUGAAUAAUAUACAGUUGAAGAAUAAAAGGAGACAUAAUUUGUCAUAAUUGUAAAUUAAUCAUCAUAGGAAAAUAAUACUAAGAUAAAUCUUGAUAUUUAAAAUAAAUAAAAAAUUUAAAUAAAUAUAAUAGGAAAAGUAGAAAUCGUAUUAGGGUACGAUUUAUAAGAAUUAACAUAUCCAUUUCCAAUCAGGGAAUUGAAUAUUUAAGACAUAUAAGAACAAUAAGGGAAAUAUCAGUAAGGGUACGGAAUAAUAAUUUUAAUGAUAUCAAUAUUUUUAAUUUAUAUUGUGUGUGGAAAAAGGAGAAAUGAAGUAAAAAGUAAGGUAGCAAAGACUUAAAUAAUAGAAAUGAAUUAUUAAACAUUUGAUAUAAAAUGA